GAGCCCGGUGAGCGCGGCCUGGCGGGGCUGGGGGCCCGGGGCGGCGGGGCAACGGGGCCUUCGUCGCGGCCGUGGGACCAUGUUGGAGAUCUGCUUGAAGCUGGUGGGCUGCAAAUCCAAGAAGGGGCUCUCCUCGUCCUCCAGCUGCUACCUGGAAGAAGCCCUACAGAGGCCAGUGGCAUCUGACUUUGAGCCCCAGGGUCUCAGUGAAGCAGCUCGAUGGAACUCCAAGGAAAACCUUCUUGCUGGGCCCAGUGAAAAUGACCCCAACCUUUUUGUGGCGCUAUAUGAUUUUGUGGCCAGUGGCGAUAACACUCUCAGCAUCACUAAAGGUGAAAAGCUCCGGGUCUUAGGUUAUAAUCACAAUGGGGAAUGGUGUGAAGCCCAAACGAAAAAUGGCCAAGGAUGGGUCCCAAGCAACUACAUCACCCCUGUCAACAGCCUGGAGAAACAUUCCUGGUAUCACGGGCCUGUGUCCCGAAAUGCUGCCGAGUAUCUGCUGAGCAGCGGGAUCAACGGCAGCUUCUUGGUGCGGGAAAGUGAGAGUAGCCCUGGCCAGAGGUCCAUCUCGCUGAGAUAUGAAGGAAGGGUGUACCACUACAGGAUCAACACCGCCUCUGAUGGCAAGCUCUACGUCUCCUCAGAGAGCCGCUUCAACACUCUGGCUGAGUUAGUCCACCAUCAUUCCACAGUGGCCGAUGGGCUCAUCACCACGCUCCACUACCCAGCUCCCAAGCGCAACAAACCCACCAUCUACGGUGUGUCCCCCAACUAUGACAAGUGGGAAAUGGAGCGCACAGACAUCACCAUGAAGCACAAGUUGGGUGGAGGCCAGUAUGGAGAGGUGUAUGAAGGUGUCUGGAAGAAGUACAGCCUGACUGUGGCUGUGAAGACCUUGAAGGAGGACACCAUGGAGGUGGAGGAGUUCCUGAAGGAGGCUGCAGUGAUGAAGGAGAUCAAGCAUCCUAACCUGGUACAGCUGCUAGGGGUGUGUACCCGGGAGCCCCCGUUCUACAUCAUCACGGAGUUCAUGACCUAUGGUAACCUGCUGGACUACCUGAGAGAGUGUAACCGCCAAGAGGUGAGCGCUGUGGUACUGCUCUACAUGGCCACACAGAUCUCAUCAGCCAUGGAGUACCUGGAGAAGAAGAACUUCAUCCACAGAGACCUUGCUGCUCGGAACUGCCUGGUUGGGGAAAACCAUUUGGUGAAGGUGGCCGAUUUUGGCCUGAGCAGGUUGAUGACAGGGGACACCUACACAGCCCAUGCUGGAGCCAAAUUCCCCAUCAAGUGGACUGCACCUGAGAGCCUGGCCUACAACAAGUUCUCCAUCAAGUCGGACGUCUGGGCAUUCGGAGUAUUGCUCUGGGAAAUUGCUACCUAUGGCAUGUCACCUUACCCAGGAAUUGACCUGUCGCAGGUUUAUGAGCUGCUGGAAAAAGACUACCGUAUGGAGCGCCCUGAAGGCUGCCCGGAGAAGGUCUAUGAACUCAUGCGAGCAUGUUGGCAGUGGAAUCCCUCUGACCGGCCCUCCUUUGCUGAAAUCCACCAAGCCUUUGAAACCAUGUUCCAGGAGUCCAGUAUCUCAGAUGAGGUGGAAAAGGAGCUGGGGAAACGAGGCCUGAGAGGAACUGCUGGCAGCAUGCUGCAGGCCCCAGAGCUGCCCACCAAGACCAGGACCUGCAGGAGAGCUGCCGAGCAGAAAGACGCCCCUGACACCCCUGAGCUUCUCCACAUGAAAGGCCUGGGAGAAAGCGAUGUGCUGGACAGUGAACCUGCCGUAUCACCACUGCUUCCUCGGAAAGAGCGAGGGCCCCCAGACGGCACCCUAAAUGAAGAUGAGCGCCUUCUUCCCAAGGACAAGAAGACCAACUUGUUCAGCGCCUUGAUUAAGAAGAAGAAGAAAAUGGCACCCACGCCCCCUAAGCGCAGCAGCUCCUUCCGCGAGAUGGAUGGCCAGCCAGAACGCAGAGGGGCUGGUGAGGAUGAUGGCCGGGAAGCCAGCAACGGGCCACCAGCUCUCACCCCCUCAGAUGCGGCAGAGCCCACCAAGUCUCCAAAAGCCAGCAAUGGGGCUGGUGUCCCCAAUGGAGCCUUCCGGGAGCCAGGCAGCUCGGGCUUCCGUUCUCCCAACCUGUGGAAAAAGUCCAGCACGCUGACCAGCAGCCGCCUGGCUGCCGGGGAAGAGGAGAGUGGCAUCAGCUCCAGCAAGCGAUUCCUGCGCUCUUGCUCAGCCUCCUGCAUGCCCCACGGGGCCAGGGACACGGAGUGGCGGUCAGUCACACUGCCUCGGGACCUGCCAUCUGCUGGCAAGCAGUUUGACUCAUCCACCUUUGGGGGGCACAAAAGCGAAAAGCCAGCUCUGCCUCGGAAACGUGCCAGUGAGACCAGGUCUGAGCAGGUGGCCAGAGGCACAGUGACGCCCCCUCCGCGGCUGGUGAAGAAGAGUGAGGAGGCUGCUGAUGAAGUCUUCAGGGACAUGGAGGCCAGCCCAGGCUCCAGCCCUCCCAGCCUGACUCCCAAACUCCUCCGUCGGCAGGUCGCCGCCUCUCCUUCCGCCGGCCUCCCUCAUAAGGAGGAGGCCACCAAGAGCACAGCCUUGGGGACUCCUGCCGCUGCCGAGCCGACACCCCCCAGCAACAGAGUGGGCCCGAACAAGGCCUCCUCUGAGGAGACCCGAGUAAGGAGGCACAAGCACAGCUCAGAGUCCCCGGGGAGAGACAAGGGGCGGCUGGCCAAGCUCAAGCCUGCCCCGCCACCUCCACCUGCCUCGGCAGGGAAAGCCGGGAAGCCUGCGCAGAGCCCCAGCCAAGAGGUGGCUGCGGAGGCAGGGGCGGCAGCAAAGCUGAAGUGCACGGGUCUGGCUGUGGACGCUGCGAACAGUGACCCUACCAAGGCUGGCCAGCCUGGGGAAGGACUGCGAAAGCCCGUGCCCCCGUCCGUACCAAAGCCUCAGUCAGCUAGUAAGCCUCCAGGGACCCCCACCAGCCCAGUCCCCACACCCCCCACAGCGCCAGCGCCUUCAUCCCUGCCCGGGGACCAGCCAUCUUCUGCCGCCUUCAUCCCCCUCAUAUCAACCCGUGUGUCUCUGCGAAAGACCCGCCAGCCGCCCGAGCGCAUCGCCAGUGGCACCAUCACCAAGGGUGUGGUUCUGGACAGCACUGAGGCCCUGUGCCUCGCCAUCUCCCGGAACUCAGAGCAGAUGGCCAGCCACAGUGCCGUGCUGGAGGCUGGCAAGAACCUGUACACAUUCUGCGUGAGCUACGUGGACUCCAUCCAGCAGAUGAGGAAUAAGUUUGCCUUCCGAGAGGCCAUCAACAAGCUGGAGAGCAACCUCCGAGAGCUGCAGAUCUGCCCUGCGACAGCCUCCAGCGGCCCAGCUGCCACACAGGACUUCAGCAAGCUGCUUAGCUCUGUGAAGGAGAUCAGCGACAUCGUACGGAGGUAGCAGCAGCCAGUGCAUGCCAGCCAGAGAUGCUGCAGUCCACGGGGCUCGUAUGCCCUUAAGGAUGGGGGACAGAGGACUGGGGAGCUGGCAGCUUGGCCCAGGAGCUUUACAGAGCAUCAGGCAGAGCCCGGGCCUGGUGAAACGGGCCCUCCUCUUGUGCUGUGCGCCAGCUGGCCUGCACCUUUCCUCCCCAGCCCAGGUGCCUGUGUGUGGGCCUCCUGCUCCAUAGACUGCAGCUGGCCUGCCAGGCCACCAGGCUCCUCCCUGCCCAGUGCCUCAGACCCAGCUCUGAGGCCAGCUGGGAGUGCUCAGAAGGACUGUCCUUCCCAUGUCUUUGCAGGAGAACAUCCUCCUCUGAUGCGCCUGGUCCCCAAGGCAGGGGAGUCCCGUGCUGGCCGUCCCUGGACCUUCUAUGCUCACGACCUGUCCCGGAGAGGCUGUGCUCACUGUUUUCUCAUGUGAAGGAAGCUGUUGAUUUGAGGGUCAUGAGGGGCUAACACCAAGGGCCCGGGUGGGUGGGUACUGGAGACAGCUAGGGCAGUGUGGUCUGUCAUCUGUUUAGAUCCUCAGUGGUGUGCCCUGCAGUCCUGGAUAGCAACUUGAGUUUCAUGGGUGGCAGUCUCUGGUUGGCCAGACCAAGGCUAGGGCUCCAGGGGCCCCCAAAGAUCUGAAUUUCUGAGCAGUCUUCUUCC